AUGACAGACUAUCAAAUUCAAACUGCCAGCAUUGUGAAUGUUACGAUCACAAGUUCAGUCAAUUCCUUUGGUACAGAAAAGAGGUUUGGUAAAGACUUGACCAUAAUUGAGUUGAAGGGAAAAUGUGAGGUCCUGACUGGUUCUAAAUCUGGGAACAUGAAACUUGAGCUUUAUGACAAAAACGACAAACUAUUGGCUCACUUAGAUAAUGAUGCUGCUAUGCUUGGCUCAUAUCCCUGUGAUGAUGGUUGCAGGAUACAUAUUGUGGAUAAUACAAUCAAAGCUGGAGAAUUUGAAGAUGUCUCACAAGUAGAAAAAUUUGAACUGACUGAAGAAGAAUACUUAAAAAGACCAGAUUCAGUUAGAGCAUAUAAAGAACGUAUGAAGCUGGGACGGUUUGCUGAGAUAAGCCCAGAGGAGAAGAAAAGACAAGAAGAGGAGAAAGAACAAAAGGAGAAAGAAGAGAAGGAGAGGGCAGACAGUAUGAAGAUUGGAGACAGAUGUGAAGUUACCGUACCCAAGCAGCCAACUAGGAGGGGGGAAGUGUUGUAUGUAGGAACAACAGAAUUCCAACCUGGUCUCUGGGUAGGGGUAAAAUAUGAUGAACCUCUUGGUAAAAAUGACGGCAGUGUAAAAGGUAAAAGAUACUUCACCUGUCCACCAAAAUAUGGCGGCUUUGUUAAACCUGGUCAAGUGACAGUUGGGGACUUUCCUGAAGAAGGAAUGGACUUUAGUGAUGAUGACGAAAUGUAA